CGUGCAUCCAGGAGCCGAAAAAAAAAAGAUUAACACCCUGUCCGCACACCCCUCCGCGCCCCUCGGGGCGCCGCCGCGGCUCCGCGAUCGCCCGCCGGACACCGAGCGAAAGGGAUUCGUCUGGAGGGCAAUUUCGGAUCGGGGGAGAUCUAUUGGAUUAGUGGGAUUAUCUGCCUGCAGACGGAGAGAAGUAGCGUUUGAUCAUUUCCAUUGCCUGCCUGAUGGUCGGAUUUACAUGGAGGUGGCUCGGCACGGAUGAGGCUGGAUUCCGGAUGGGGAUUUCCAGCCCCCCCUCCCCGCGCCCCGAUCCCGGGAAAGGGCAGAAAAAUAUAUAAAAAUCGGUAUAAUUGGGAAGUGUCCGGAGCACUAUCGGGAGCCCUCCCGCUCCCAGCGGCUGGGAGAGCCGGAGGAGGCGAAUCCAGCGGAUUACAGCUUCAUCUGCGAUUGCGGGAAAGCGGCCGUGAACUGGAUAUAGACCUGCGGCUAACUGGAUUUGAUUUAUAAGAGGGGAUUCUGCAGUAAAUGGCUGCUCUCUUCAUAUUGCUGCUAUGGAAAACAGAAUUGUCAAUAGGAUGUAGCCUGAUAAAUAGUGCUGAGUGAAGAUGCAGCUUCAAUAAGUGUGAAAUCAAUGGAAGAUACUUACCGCAUGAAAAGCCUUUUGAGAUUUUUCUGACAGGCGCCUAUUUAGGAAACUUGAUCCGUUUCCUCCGGUCGCCCUGUUUUUCCGCCAGUGGAUACAAAUCAGAUUGCUUCACUGCAGUCACACAACUGAUGUGGGACCAUGGCCUUUCCAAGAUCCACGUGGCUGAGCUGUGUGUGGAGAGCGACGGUGGUCCGCCUGCUGCACACGGGAUUGAAUGCCACUUUUGCUUUUUCUAUACUUGGGUUUUUGCUUCACGCUGCAGCUGUGUCCUCCCAAAAAUUGGAUGAUACCAACCCAGUGGUGACCACCAACUUUGGCAAGAUAAGAGGGAUUAAGAAGGAACUUAACAAUGAGAUUUUGGGACCCGUUAUUCAGUUUCUCGGGGUUCCGUACGCUGCCCCUCCGACGGGGGAGCGCCGCUUCCAACCUCCUGAGCCUCCAUCUCCCUGGGCAGAUAUCAAAAACACCACCCAGUUUGCUCCUGUGUGUCCCCAGAACAUUAUAGAAGGCAGGUUGCCUGAAGUCAUGCUUCCCGUGUGGUUUACUAAUAACUUGGAUGUAGUUUCAACCUAUGUACAAGACCAGAACGAAGACUGCCUCUAUUUAAAUAUCUAUGUCCCGACCGAGGAUGGUCCCCUUACAAAGAAACAGACAGAUGAUUUAGGUGAUAAUGACGGUGCUGAAGAUGAAGACAUUCGGGACAGUGGGGGACCUAAGCCUGUGAUGGUGUAUAUUCACGGAGGGUCCUACAUGGAAGGCACUGGAAAUUUGUAUGAUGGCAGUGUUCUAGCAAGUUAUGGCAAUGUGAUAGUCAUCACAGUCAACUAUCGCCUUGGGGUGCUUGGAUUUCUGAGCACUGGGGACCAAGCAGCAAAAGGAAACUAUGGCCUCCUUGAUCUAAUUCAAGCUUUGCGAUGGACUAGUGAAAAUAUUGGGUUCUUUGGUGGAGACCCAUUGCGAAUAACUGUUUUUGGAUCUGGGGCAGGCGGUUCCUGCGUCAAUCUCUUGACUUUAUCCCAUUAUUCUGAAGGUAACCGUUGGAGCAAUUCAACCAAAGGACUUUUUCAAAGAGCAAUAGCUCAGAGUGGAACAGCUCUCUCCAGCUGGGCAGUUAGCUUUCAGCCUGCAAAAUAUGCCAGGAUGUUGGCUACAAAAGUUGGUUGCAACAUGUCAGACACUGUGGAACUGGUAGAAUGUCUGCAGAAGAAGCCUUACAGAGAACUUGUCGACCAGGACAUCCAACCAGCAAGAUACCACAUAGCCUUUGGACCAGUGAUCGACGGCGACGUGAUACCAGACGACCCUCAGAUCUUGAUGGAGCAAGGAGAAUUCCUCAACUAUGACAUCAUGCUGGGAGUUAACCAAGGGGAAGGGCUGAAGUUUGUUGAAAACAUUGUGGAUAGCGAAGACGGCAUAUCAGCCAGUGAUUUUGACUUUGCAGUUUCUAAUUUCGUCGAUAACUUAUACGGAUACCCCGAAGGCAAAGACAUAUUGAGGGAAACCAUUAAAUUUAUGUACACAGACUGGGCAGACCGGCACAACCCCGAGACCAGAAGGAAAACGCUGCUGGCUUUGUUCACUGAUCACCAGUGGGUUGCACCAGCAGUGGCCACUGCAGAUCUUCACUCGAAUUUUGGAUCGCCUACGUAUUUCUAUGCCUUCUACCAUCAUUGCCAGACAGACCAGGUACCUGCAUGGGCAGAUGCAGCCCAUGGAGAUGAGGUUCCUUACGUACUAGGAAUCCCCAUGAUUGGUCCUACUGAGUUAUUUCCUUGUAAUUUCUCCAAAAAUGACGUCAUGCUAAGUGCAGUGGUGAUGACGUACUGGACAAACUUUGCAAAAACUGGUGACCCAAAUCAACCAGUGCCGCAAGACACAAAAUUCAUCCACACGAAACCAAAUCGUUUUGAAGAAGUAGCAUGGACCAGAUAUUCUCAGAAAGACCAGCUGUAUCUUCACAUUGGAUUAAAACCACGAGUUAAAGAACACUAUAGGGCCAAUAAAGUGAACCUUUGGCUGGAGCUGGUACCUCAUCUGCACAAUCUUAACGACAUUUCACAGUAUACCUCUACCACAACUAAAGUGCCAUCGACUGAUAAUACUUUCAGACCCACAAGGAAAAAUUCAGUUUCAGUUACUUCAGCCUUUCCUACAGCCAAACAAGAUGAUCCCAAACAACAACCCAGCCCGUUUUCAGUGGAUCAAAGGGACUACUCAACAGAAUUGAGCGUUACUAUCGCAGUUGGCGCGUCUUUGCUGUUCCUGAACAUUUUGGCCUUUGCAGCGUUGUACUACAAAAAGGACAAGCGGAGACAUGACGUCCACAGGAGAUGUAGCCCACAACGUACCACUACCAAUGAUCUCACCCAUGCACAAGAAGAGGAGAUAAUGUCCCUCCAAAUGAAGCACACUGACUUGGAUCAUGAAUGUGAGUCCAUCCAUCCACAUGAGGUGGUUCUCAGGACCGCCUGUCCCCCAGACUACACGCUAGCUAUGAGAAGGUCUCCUGAUGAUAUCCCCUUAAUGACACCCAACACCAUCACAAUGAUCCCCAACACUAUACCAGGGAUUCAGCCCCUACACACAUUCAACACAUUCACCGGAGGACAGAACAAUACUCUGCCCCAUCCUCAUCCCCACCCCCAUUCACACUCAACAACCAGGGUAUAGCCAGACAAGACGAAACAAACUUUAUUUUUUGAUGGAUUACAGUAGGUGAUAUUACUGAAGAUUACUUGGCUUUCAACCUACAAGACUCUUACUAUUUAAAUAUGGAGGAAUAUUAUGUGAAUAUACA